AUGGCAGCCGAAGGAUACAUGCUGGGCAAUGGACCGAGCCAAAUGCCUUACCGAAUGCCAUCUUCGCAGGCAAUCUCUCCCAUCGGCCAAAGCAACAACCCUUUCGACGCGGAUUCGGGUGCCUCGGGCUUUCCGAAAGGAGUCGAAAGAGCUUCUGGCCGUUCAGACAUGGAGUCAGUAGCAGCCAUCUAUAUCCGCAAUCUCCCAAGGCAUACAACCAGUGAGGCUCUUCGGACGAUGCUUCUGUUUGCGAAAGACUUCAUAGGCGCAGACUUCGUCAAUUCGGAUUCUCCGUCGAAUCAAGGAUAUCUAUCUGCUAUAGCACGCUUUCGCAGUAAUGGUGCUGCUGAAGAGGCUAAGUCACUUCUGAAUGGAAAGCAGAACAAUCCGAACGAGCCGCCUUUACAGGUCGAGAUCUAUCGCCUUUCGCCGUCGGGAAGUCUAGGACCUGGUAGGAACAACUUCGAUAUGGCAUCCACCAGGGCAUAUUCUAGCUCUUCUACUGCAUCGUCUGCUGGUCAGGCGCGAUCAUCACGCUUCAAUGGAACAUUUCAAGCUAUAGAUCGAAUAUCGCCUCCGAGCGCAGUGCCUGGACUCACCAACGGGAAUUCGUAUUCCUCGGCCGAGCGCUCCGAUGUCGUUUCUCCGAUGUUGAACUUCUUUUCUUCCCAGUCACCAAUAGGGCAGCAGAUGGGUGACCGACCAAGAGUGUCAGGGAAGGCAGUGAUUGGUGAGGAUAGCAUUGAUGACGAGCCCGGGGACCUCCUCAAAGAUCCACUUUCUUAUGCAAAGAGCGAUAUGUCAGGCCAGCUUUCGCGUCAUCCUACCAACCCUCAGCUACCUACGUCUCGCUUUGCUGGCCUGUCGCUAAGUACUACUACCGCGACCUCUCCUCCAAUGUCAGGCUUCACAUCGCCACGAAGCGCAGCACCAAUGCAGAGCCCUACAACCGCCAUGCCCCCAGCCAGUAUUAGCAACCUGGGACCAAACGCAUCGUAUCAAUUAGCGAACCAGCACUACCAGAGGCACAACUAUCCACCUGUCAACCCCGCCGAUCAGAAUCCUCCAUGCAAUACACUUUACGUCGGCAAUCUUCCCAUUGAUACCUCGGAGGAUGAAUUGAAGGCGAUGUUCUCGAAGCAGAGAGGUUACAAGAGAUUAUGUUUCAGGACGAAGCAGAAUGGACCGAUGUGCUUCGUGGAGUUUGAGGAUAUAUCAUUUGCGACGAAAGCUCUCAAUGAAUUGUAUGGACACCCCCUCCAUAAUAGUGUGAAGGGUGGCAUACGAUUGAGUUUUUCUAAAAAUCCACUCGGUGUUCGGACUGGUCAGCCUGGGGGACUGGGUCCGCCAACACCCUUGUCGCCAUCGGGACCCAUGCCAGGAGUGAAUGGCUUGGGAAUCCAGCCAUUUUCGACAGCCAACGGACCUCCACCUGGAUUGGCCGCUCCACCGGGUCUACACACAUCGGGCAGCACCUUGAACGGCCUGAUGAGCCCAACCAGCAUGAGCAACUUUGGAAUGAGUGACAUGAGCAUGGGUAUGCCUAUGCGUAGCCCACAUGCAGGAGGCAUGACGAGUGGUUGGGGUGGCCAGGGAGCGCAGUAUUCGGAUUACAUGUUUGGACGUUAA